GCGUGUGCGCGCGAGUCAGUCGGCGCUGAGCAAGCGAGAAGGUGAUGUCGCGCGCGGAGGGCAACGGCACCAUGAUGGGUUGACUGUGGGCCGGGGGAACAGACGGACGGAGGGAGGGAGGCAGGCAGUUGGACACUCCGUCGGAAAGAGGAAGUGUGUGCGCGGGGUUGCACACGCACGUGCGUGUGAGUUCCACUUCCACGGCUGCCACUGCCACGCGCUCAGCUAUGGAAACCAACAAAGUUCUUCAUUUCGUGCCGUUGGCAGAGGCGCCUCCUUGUGGCAUGUCCAAGAAUGGAUACUUCUUUCAGGAAAUGGAGCAGAGGGAGGUGGAGCCGGACGAGGAACGCGAGGGCCCAGGGGAGGUCCAGGACUCGCCCAUCACCUCCGCAGAUGACGUCCAUCUUUACGACAACCAAGUCACACCUGGACCAGAGAGCGACGACUCCGGCUGCGUGCUGCUCAACACAUCCAGGAGGUACGUGAAGUUGAUGAACUUCGAGGAAGAGAUCCGCGCCCACCGCGACCUUGACGGCUUCCUGGCCCGUGCCAGCAUCCUCUUGGAUGAGACAGCGGCGUCGCUGGACGACGUCCUGAAGAGAAUGCUGAGACACGUUGGACAGGACGACAACGCCCCAGAGCCAGGGUGCAACUUUGAGGACAUCAUGAGUUUACUCUUCACUGACGCCGGCGCACAGGAAGUCAACGACAGUUUUGUUUUCUUUGAUGACGUGCACCUUCUGUCCGAGACCAUCCAGGGCGUGACGGCCACGGACACCGGAGUUCACUACCAGCAGUCCUGGCUCUGCAUACUGUGCAAUCUGAAGAACCUCCAGCGGCGCCACGUAUGCAUCUCGCGGCUGGAGAGGCCUCAGAACUGGGGGGAGAACUGCUGUGAGGUCCGUUACGUCAUUCUGGUCCUGGCGCCGCGCAAAAUGAAGAGCACCAAGACGGCCAUGGAGCUGGGCAGGACAUUUGCCACGCUCUUCUCGGACAUUUCCUUCCGUCAGAAGCUUCUGGAGACCAAAACCCAGGAGGAGUUCAAGGAGGCCCUGGUGUUCCAGCGCCACCAGCUGACGGCGGCCAACCAGCAGCCCACCGCCCUGGGCAAAGAGGAGCCCGCCCCCCGUCGCCACAAACCUCUCAAGUGUACAGACUUCUUCCUAGCGGGCCGCGGGAUUUACGAGGACCUGUGUCGUCGCCUUCCUCUCUACGCCUCCGACUUCACAGAUGGCAUCGUGGGUAACAACAAGACCCUGUUGAAGUACAUGACCACGGCUAUCUUCCUGUACAUCGCCAUCCUGCUGCCCGCCAUUGCGCUCGGUUCGCUCAACGACGAGAGCACGCGGGGCGAGAUUGACGUGCGAAAGACCAUCAUCGGGCAGUCCAUCGGUGGCGUCAUCUACUCGCUGUUUGCUGGUUCCCCUCUGGUCAUCCCAUUGACCACCGCCCCCCUCGCUAUCUUCAUAAGUGUCAUUCGUGGUGUCUGCGAUGAUUACCAGCUAGACUUCCCAGCUUUCUACGCCUGCAUUGGGUUGUGGAACUGUCUUUUCCUCAUUCUGGGAGGCGUCUUCAACCUCAGCCUGGUCAUGAAGCUCUUCAAAAGGUCGACAGAGGAGGUGAUUGCGCUGUUCAUAUCAAUCGCAUUUGUGGUGGACGCUGUCAAAGGAACGGUGAAAAUCUUCCAAAGGUACUACCACCCGCCCACGCUGGGCAACGGCAGCAUGGCCAGCGAGUCGCCGCACGUUGCCGGCAUGGGGGGCAACGGGAGCGAGUUGGGCAUGGUCUCUGUGCUGCACGUCCUCCCCAACUCGCUGAUCAACUGCACACGUGAGCGGCCCGUCUUGUGCCUGCUGCUCAUGAUGGGCACGCUGUGGAUGGGUUACACACUCUACCAGUUCAAGAGGAGUCCGUUCCUACACGCCAAAGUGAGGGAGGUGUUGUCCGACUGCGCUCUGCCCAUCUCUGUUCUUCUCUUCUCCUUCAUUGGGUCAUACCUGUUCAGCGACAUCGAGCUUCCAGUGUUUAAAGUCCACAACAAGCCAGCAUUCAGCGUGGCUCCGUUGGAGCGCCUGACGGCCUUGAACGUGCUGAGCGCCAUGGGCCUCGGCUUCCUGCUGGCCUUGCUCAUCUUCAUCGACCAGAAUAUCGUCGUGUCGCUCACCAACGCACCCGAGAACAGGCUGCUGAAGGGCACGGCAUACCACUGGGACCUGAUGCUGUCGGGCCUGAUCAAUAUCUUGAUGUCGGUUCUGGGGCUGCCCUGGAUGCACGCCGCCUUCCCGCACUCCACGCUGCACGUGCGCCAGCUGGCCUUCGUAGAGCAGCGCGUGGAAGGAGGACACCUCUACGAGACUAUCGUCCAGGUGAAGGAGACGCGUGUAACGUCACUGGCCGCCAACGUUUUCAUCGGCGCGUCGGUCUUCUUGCUGCCUCUGCCGCUGCAGUGGAUCCCCAAGCCGGUUCUGUUCGGGCUCUUCCUCUACAUCGCGCUCACCUCCAUCGACGGCAACCAGAUGUGCGACCGCAUGGCCCUGCUGCUCAAGGAGCAGACGUCGUACCCGCCCACCCACUACAUCCGUAAAGUGCCCCAAAGGAAGAUCCACUACUUCACCUUCCUGCAGAUGAUGCAGCUGCUGGUGCUGUGUACGUUCGGCAUGUACCCCAUCCCCUACAUGAAGAUGAUCUUCCCCUUGGUCAUGAUCCUGCUCAUCCCCCUCAGGAACAGGGUGCUCCCUCACAUCAUUGAGGCCAAAUAUUUGGACAUCAUGGAUGCCCAACAUAUGUAGGCGCGGAGGGCGAAGGCGACGCCAGUUGCAACCGUAAAAGGGCAAAGAAAAAGGUUGGACCUUUUUUUUUUUUCUCCCUUCUCUUUUCUUCUAAAACACCAAACCGUGCGGGAAAAGUCCAACAGCGUCUUACAUUCCGACAGGCCGCCCGAUGAACAAUUGGGCAACUCCCCGAUUCACCACAGUUGUCGUCCUUGUGUUUGCUUCAAGUUGUUGAACUACUGACAUUUUGAAGACGGUGCAACGGCACAACCCCUUUGUUCACACCUGCGUGUUUUGACACCGUGCUGAUGCUGGCUCCACGUGACGUGUACGUGCACUGUGCCGAUGAGUAGAUUUCUGUUUUUUGCUCUUCUUUCAAGCAUUCCCUUUAACGUUCCAUGGAGGAGGCAAGGCUUGGCAUCCUUACGAGUUCCUCUCCAUGUUUGCACCCGCUUGUCCCUAAACGUACGGGCGGCUUCCCCAAGGCAAGAUUCGUCGUUUUCAGUUGACGUGAAAAACUACAGUACAGAACACAAUUUGACACUUCAUAGCUCGUGAAUGGAUAUCCUCGAUCAAAUUCAGCCAACAUUUGUUUGACCAAAAAAAUGAAGGGCACAAAAUGUCAUGGUCAAGAUCUUGUAAGGGCUAUCUUAAGCAUGAUGCUAGCCCUUCCUGCCCUUCCCUAGCCCGUCUGUCGCAUUCUGCCCUGACCUGCUAGCCUGUCAUGUCUCUUACACUUAACCCCCAAGCCUUCAGUCCCAUCCCUGACUUGUGUUGCCCCAAUCCUAACCUGACCCCCUUCCUUAAAGGCCAAACCCAGGCAAGCCUCUGCCAACUAACGAUAACCCACAUUCUACUUCAAAUCCUUCCUGUCCUGCCCCUGAGCCCAAGCCUAACCUAAUGUUUGGAAUGGAAAGCAAAACAAAUAAACAGUAUAUAAAUAUUGUGUGUGAUUAUUUAGAAUGGCAGCACAAACCAAAUCAUGUAGUUUGAUGACAAUUCUCAAUAUAUGGAGAAAAAAAAAGCUUUAUAUAUUAAUAUUUCUUUAUCUUUUUGUUUCUUGGAAGGAAAUGCUUGUGUUGCGCUGAUUGCGUUGCUCAUCUUUUCCUGUGUUGGAAAUGUUUUGUCUGCCAUUUUGGCUUCAUGUGUUUACAGACUUAUCGGAAAACAUUCCACCCCCCUGGAAAGUGACGUGAAAAGCUUUUUAGAAAGCGUUAUUUUUGUCAAGUGACGUCACGUAAUGGCCCCCAAGUUUGGAUUAACGAGAGAUUUGCACGCAUCUCGCUUUUUCCUGCAACCCAUCGCCAAUUCACAGACGGUCCUCGAAUGCAACACGUGACAUUUCAGCAAUACUGUGUAUAAAAGAAUUAUUUAAAAAAAGGCUCAGCGAGCUCUAUUUUUGAAGAUGUAGAAAGGGGGGAAAAAAGCUCCCCCACGUGCAUUCCCUUCCAUUGAACUACGCAGGA